AUGAGCGAUAGUUCUUCCUAUGAGCCCGAUGACACCGGGUCCGACUACGAGUCCGAAUCCGACUUCGAUCAUGACGAGCAUGCGGUCCGCUCAAUCGAGCGGAAGACGCGCUCGAAUUCUCGCGCUGUAUCAGUGUCUGUGAAAGAUGAACAAGAAGAUAUCUCCACAUUUGACUUCGCUGAAUAUGUCGGCGACGACAUGAAUCCGGACGCUCGCCAGGACCGAGUCCGCUCGCUGCAAGCUCGCCUCCAAGCUAUUCCCCGUGAAUCUAUCAACGCCUACAAUAAACUGCUGGUCGAGAUGGAGAAGGACGUUGCGUUAAAGAACAUGGAUGAGCAUCCGGAACUUCUCACCGUCGAGCAGUACGGAGCUGUCAUCUGGACUGCGACGGAAAAGGAAUUAUUCUUCAAUAUGCUCGAUCGCAAAGGCAAGAACGGCAUCAAGGAGAUUGCAGCGGCGAUCCCGACUAAAUCGGAACUCGAAGUGAUGCACUACAUCGAUCUUCUCCACGAAGGCCUGGCGAAACAACAUCUCCAGUCCGAGCACAACGCCACCCUCCUCAUGGGUGAUUAUCCCGGCGCCGCCGAAGUCAGCGAGGAAUGCGAGGAAAAGCUGGAUGAGCUCGCCGAUGUCAUGUGCAAGAAGGAAGAAGCCGAGAGCUCGUGGGCUUCCAGAGACCGAUACCACAAAUAUGGGAUUAUCACCGAGGCUUCGGCGAGGGAACUCGUCGAGGCGGAAGUCAACCCUCCUUUGCGCGGUGGCAUUGACAAAGCUGCGAACGUCCUCAAUGUACCAGUGUGGCUUCAGCUCUCCCGGAAGCUGUUUAUGAACUUGGGCGGUAGGAGAGUUGAAGACAACUGGAUAUACCACAAGAGUUUUUCUGCCGAGUCUCCUUCUAUGACCGGUGAUGCCCUCAUGGACUUUUAUGCAUUAACCAUGAGUAUCACGCGCCGCUUGGUUCAGUCAUCUCUCUUCUUCGCCAUGUCGCGGGUGCGCGCUAUGGAGCCCAUGGCCAGUGAAGAAAUUCAGUCGGUUCGAACACGAGAUGUCAAAGCCGCUCUUGACACGCUGAACAUGACUUACGACCGAGGCAACCUAUUGGUCGAUUUUGCACGCCAGAAUGGCAUUCUUAUCAAAGACAUUCGCAAUAGAAAAGGGUGGAAACCGCGGGUUCUCGACUACGAUGAGGUGGAAAGGAUUCUGAGCCUUGACGACGACGAGUAUGAGGAACCUGGACUGGGCCCCUUUGAGAGCGAAGUUGAUUAUGAUGAGGACGACGACUACGACGGAGAAGACGAAGAGGAAGAAGACCCGGAAGAGAAAGAGGAGGUAGACCAACCGGUCGAACAAGCACAAGGGGAAGAGCCGGCCCAGAAACCACAAAACCAUGAGCCUGAGCCUGAACCGGAGCUUGAAUCCGAAUCCGAACCACAACCACCACCACCACCACAACUUGAACCAGAACUAGAGGCACCCCUCGUUCAACCACACCUCCUCGCUACAGAUCAACCGCUCCCCCGACAACGCCGCUACUCCGAAGGCUCUUACCAAUCCAGCUCCGGAGAAGAACAAGACUCCGACGCCGAAGAAGUCCACGCUGCGCACGUGGACCAAGAAUACGACCGCCGCGAAGAAGUCCGACUAUGGCAAACCCUGAACCAACCUAUCCCACCGCUCCUAGAGCUCCCAAUCGUCCCUGAAGAAGAAAUGGGUGAGGACUCGAAAGACCGUCCUUUUGUCGUCCGCAGGACCAGGGAGGAUAUGGUGGAUUGGCGCGAGCGGACACUGUACCGUGCGGAGUGGGAGGAGUUUGGAGAUAUUGGGUCGGAGUUAGAGGAGGAUUUGCAGGAGAAUAGACGGAAGAGGAGGAGGAUUGAGGCUGAGGAGGCGGCAUACAGGAGUGGAAGGGAGAGUCGGAGUGAGCAGUAUGAUGUGUUUGAGGAUUCUGAGGAGGAGGAUGGACAAGACCAGGAAGGUGAAGGAGGCCAGGAACCAGUUCCGAUAUCUGCUUCCGUGGUGAACAGUGAUGACGAUGAGGGAGAUCCGAUGGAGGUCGACGAAGCACGGCCUAAACCAACGGUUGUCGUCGAAUCACCGAAACCAAAACGAACAGUUGCCGUCGCAUCACCGAAGCCAAAACCAACAGUUGCCGUCGAGCUUCCGAAAUACGGAUCCGCAGCAUGGGACGCCUUCCUACAGAAAUUGACGAGCCAGAGGACCGAGAGCCAGACUUAA